AUGAUCUUCCUCUCGCUCAUCCUCCUCACCAUCGCAACCCCCCUCGCUCUCCCCGACGACAUCCCCGCCUCAACAGAAGGUUCCAAGACCAAACACGACCCUCUCACCCAAAUCCCCGCCCACGAACGCCGCGGCAUAGCCUACAACGAUGUGGCCUACACCAAGCUCUUUCAAGGCGACGGCACCCACGCGACCUGGCGCUUCAACUGGGACUCCUCAUCCGCCUUAUCACCUGCCUGGUUUCGCUUCGUCCCCACGCUGCAUUCACUGCGCGACGAUCAUACGGGUCGCUGGAAAGACAAUGCCGAGGCGAUGGCGAGGAAGAAUUGGGAGGAUGAGGAGAGGGCGACGUGGUUAAUGGGAUUCAAUGAGCCGGAUAACUGCGUACCUGAUGGAGGCGGCUCUUGUAUCGACGUCCCCACCGCCGUUGCGGGUUGGAAGAAACACAUGGAACCGCUAUCCAGCUUCAACAGCAAGAUGUAUCUCGGUUCGCCCGCUGUCACCAAUGCCGCAGCCUCUGAUACCACGGGUCUGGGUUGGCUAGCCAAGUUCAUGGACGCGUGCGAUGGAUGUACCAUUGACUUUAUCAACAUCCACUGGUAUAACUCCGCCCCCAACUCCGCCCAAAAUUUCAAAGAUCACAUCGCCGACGCUCGCAAAGUCGCCCACGGCCUCCCCAUCUGGGUCACUGAAUUCCACGCCGAAGGUACCGAUGAUGAAAUUCGUACUUUUCUAGACGAUGUCAUGCCUUGGAUGGAUGACUCGCAGGACAUUCAUCGGUACGCAUAUUUCAUGGCGAGACCGGGCAAGGGCAUGCUGAUUAACGAUGCGGGAGAUGGGUUAAGCGAUAUUGGCAAGGAAUUCAACUUUUUCCAUAAACAUGAUUCGGAGAAGAAUAAGGAUGGGAAGAGCUAUGGGAAGGGCUGGGAUGGAACGAGGUGGUGGGAGGAGGGGCAGUAA